AUCACCUGGGUCCCCGCCGCUACCAUGGCCUAUCGGCCGCGAAGCCCAUCCCGGUACAGGAGCCGCCGCGACGACGUCUCCAGCCCGCCGUCCCCUGCGAGAUGGAGUCUCGGACGGAAGCGCAGAGCCGACGGGAGGCACAGGAAGCCCGAGGACACCGAGGAAGGCGAGCGCCGGGCGGCUGACCACCGACCUGAGAGCUUUACCACUCCUGAAGGCCCUAAACCACGUUCUAGAUGUUCAGACUGGGCAAGUGCAGUUGAAGAAGAUGAGAUGAGGACCAAAGUUAACAAAGAAAUUGCAAGAUAUAAAAGAAAACUCCUCAUACAUGACUUUGGAAGAGAGAGAAAAUCAUCAUCGGGAAGUUCUGAUUCAAAGGAGUCUGUGUCUGCAGUUCCAGCUGAUGUGGAGACUGAUGAAAGUGUCUUGAUGAGAAGGCAGAAGCAGAUCAACUAUGGAAAGAACACUAUUGCCUAUGAUCGCUAUAUUAAAGAGGUUCCCAGACACCUUCGACAACCUGGAAUCCAUCCCAAGACCCCCAACAAAUUUAAGAAAUAUAGCCGGCGGUCAUGGGACCAGCAGAUAAAACUCUGGAAGGUUGCUCUGCAUUUUUGGGAUCCUCCAGCUGAAGAAGGACAUGAUUUGCAAGAAAUACAACCUGUAGACCUUGGAGAAAUGGAGACAGAAUUCAAAGAGAGCAGUUCUGAGUCUCAGACCAGCUCACAAGAUAACUUUGAUGUAUAUGCUGGCACACCCACCAAAGUCAGACACGUGGACUGUCAAGUGGAGGAUGAAUUUGAUUUGGAAACUUGUUUAACUGAACCCUUGAAAGACUUCUCUGCCAUGAGCUAACUGCCACCUGGCGGCCACCCAGAGUAAUACUUGCCUCUUCUUGGCCUGGGGGAAGUCUGGCCAAUCAUGUGCUGUUGUGCACUUGUACUUGGAUGGUUUCUCUGUUAUGAGUUUAUUAUCUGAUGAUGAAUUAUUAUUCUUGCCUUAUUUGUAUGUAUAGUGUGUGUUUUGCAUGUUUUAAGUUGUAAAUGGAGUUAAUUUGAGGGGAGAUUGAAUCCCCAUAAUCUUUUAACACUUCAUUGCUUAAUGCCAACCAUCUCCAAGUCAAAAGACCAGUACACAACUAGUUUUCCACAAGCAUCUGAGACUUUCAGUUGCUACUUUUGUCAGGUGGGUUAGCUAUAUAUUUAACCAUGUGCUCAUUGUGACUGAUCCAAAGUCAACUGU